AUCGUCCGGAUUUUUCCAAUUGGCGGAGCUGCCGGGGAUUUUUUUCCCCCUCCCCUCCCCCCAUCCCGGGUUGGCCCGCAGGGGAGGCUGCAGGGCUGCAGAGGCGGGGUCGUUUUGCGGGAUUACUUUUCUGGGGCCGCUUCUGAUUGGGUGCCGUGGCGCAAUGCGCGCGACCCUUUAAACAACAAACUGUCAGGAGACCGGAUCCUGUCAUCUGGAUGCUCCGAGAUUGAAAAAUACUGCAGAAGAGCGGGAGGGGCUGUAGUGGAUACAAGCAAAACUCCUUCCCUGGAGGGACUCCUGGAGAAGUCAUUUCCUGCCUACUUAAGUCGGCUAUCAAAAUCAGUAAUUUUGCUUCCAUCUCCAGAGCUUCAGUUGCUUUCUCACUUACCAGUUUCUCAAGCGUUAUGGAGAAGCGCCUGCAGGAGGCUCAGCUGUACAAGGAGAAAGGGAACCAGUGUUACAGGGAAGGGAAGUACCGAGAUGCUGUGAGUAGGUACCAUCGAGCUCUGCUUCAGCUGCGGGGUCUGGAUCCAAGUCUGCCCUCCCCGAUACCUAACCUAGGACCUCAGGGCCCAGCUCUCACACCUGAACAAGAAAACAUACUGCACACCAUCCAGACAGACUGCUACAACAAUCUAGCUGAUGCUGAGGAUCCCUGCUCAUGGAACAUGUAUUCAACCUGUCUCCUUCAGAUGGAGCCAGUAAACUACGAACGAGUGAAAGAAUACAGUCAGAAAGUCCUGGAACGACAGCCUGAUAAUGCCAAGGCCUUGUAUCGCGCCGGAGUGGCCUUUUUCCAUCUGCAGGACUAUGACCAAGCUCGGCACUACCUAUUGGCCGCUGUCAACAAGCAGCCAAAAGAUGCCAACGUCCGGCGGUACCUUCAGCUAACACAGUCUGAACUCAGCAGCUACCACCGGAAAGAGAAGCAGUUGUACCUGGGCAUGUUUGGUUAACAGAGAAGAAGGGUGCUCCUCUACUUGAACUUAGGUGAACCAUUAAAGACCCAUCAAGGGAAACCUGAGCCUCACAAGAGAAUUAACCCCAUACGUCUGACCAAGGUGGAUUUCUGUCUUGUCUCUAGUUCUGUACGAACUCUUUACCACUUACACAGUCUGCCUCUUUUUUGUCUGUCGGUCUGUAUAUUUGGCUAGCUUUCAAUCCAUGGUAUUCUUGGGGACAUUUACUUUGAGGCAUAGAACCAGAAAACAUUCAUUAGCUAUGGGUAGAAUUGUCAUAUGUAUGGCAUAGAUUUUAAUGAUCGAUGUUGUUAACUGUAUUCAUAUACAGAGGAGAAGGUUAGCAGAUGAUGAAAAUGAUUGACAGAAGUUUCUUCCUUUGUUUCCUCAGAUGCCAAAAGCUAAAGUUACACAGGCCACAAACUGGGCAAUAUAUUUCUUUGGUGAAGCUAGACAAUUACGAAUUGGCCCACAAGUCUUAAAAUGAAAAAUAUGAAAUUAACCAUGUUUGAUUAAAUUAAUUCCUUAUUCUUAAUAUUUCAUGUACAUUCAGAUUCUUUUUUCCCUCCAGGAGCAUCUAGUUCCUGUUAUUUCUCUUGGUAACUUCUAGUCCUUUUUAUUGUUUAUACUCAUCAUGAAUAUAGUAUACUUAUUUUUUUCAUUAAACUCUUCUAUCUUAAAAUCUCUGGAGUCAAGCAUUUAAGUAUUUAUUUAAUAACCCUUCAGCCUUCGUGCCAAAAAAACACACAAGUAAACAUUUUAAGUUUUAAUAGGCACAUAGCUAUAUAUAGUGUGCUCAUUUCUCUAAAACAUUAGGAAAGACAUAUUACUGUCUUUCAGAAACAAUAAAAAAAGAGCAGGAUAAAAACAUAAAUCCAUUCUUUACCUGUCACCUUGUAUUUUGCAAGAGCAGUUCCUUUACAGAGGAGGGAAACAAGGAGGAAGGGUUCUCCUUCCUUAGUGCCUUUUAAGCACUUUUAAGAACUUUCUGGAAGCUGUGUUGGGCACAGGUGCAGGCUGCAGGUCUGGUGCAGUCAUGGCUCCGUCAAUAAAGAUUGUCAUUCUACUAACUUGUUGUGAAUAAUGCCCACAGUCUAUGAGUUCUGCAGAGUAGAUGAGACCGGAAAGCACUGCCUCUACCUUUGAGAGGAGGUGAUAAUGAUAAGCACAUGUCACUAGCCAUCAUAUAACUACAGACAGAUUUCAGGAAAAAAACCCACCUUAGUCUUGUCAAGUGUACAUGCGUUCUUCUCCCUUUAUUAGUAAAACCGUCUCUCCCAGUGAGCUAGGCUCCUUUUUGUGUCUCCCUCCACCCUUAAAUAAUACAACCAUUAGCUUACAACAAACAGUUUUUCUACCAAAUUAUCUUAUGAAGCCCAAGGACAGAACUAACAAAAGUAGAAUAUUUUAUUCCUCUUCUAAGCUGCUUAAAUUUCUAAGCCUAGAUUGUUGAUAACAUUUUGUCACAGUUGCAUGGUUUGUUUUGGGCUUGUUUUGCUUUCUGAUUUUGUUUUGUUUUGUUUUUUUGUUUUUUUCCCCAAGACUUAAUGUUACAGUGAGCUAUCUUCAUCAAUGAGAAAAAAAUAAAACUGAUAUUUAAAACUGUGUUUUAGAAAUGUA